AUGAGCGGGGACGAGAACACCUCCGACGAGUCUGUGAUUGCCCGCGAAGAGUAUGAGGCGGAGCGGCAGGACCGCGCUAAUGAGCUGGCCGUCAUCAGCGCCUCGGUGGAGGACCUAAAGGCCGACAUGGCGGCGAGGUUCGCGGAGGUGCUGGAAGCUGUACGUGCUCGGGGCGGCGGGGCCGCCGCUGGUGACGCUGCCGGAGUUGCACCAGCGCUCAUGUAUGGGGGCACGAGUGCAGCUGCCGGGGUGGCGCCGGCGCCCAUGUUUGGGGGCGCGAGUGCGGCUGGUUCCUCGGCCGGCUACGGGUUACACCGCGUGGAGUCGAGUCCCGGGUUGCUGCAGGGCGCUGGUCGGUAUGGCAGUGGGGGCGGCUUAGGCUUCACUCCCGCGAUUUCGUUCCCGUUUGGAGCGGGAGGCCUUAGCAUGGACUCCGGUGGAUACGGGAUGGGAACGGGGGUGUCGCAUGCCCAGAAACGGAUGGAUAAGGUGAUCUCGGACCAGCGGGUAAACGCUUGGAGCUCGGCGAACAGUCGCAUGUGGUGGGUGGUGAUGAGAUGUUUUCCGCCGAAGCUAGAGAAGCCGAGCCUGCAAGGGUCAAUGCUUGAUAGUAUUGUGGUCACGGACGUGGUAGCCGACAUGCUCUUGAACUUUCGUGGCUUUGACCCCGCUGCCUUCACGCCCCAGGGGGCGGUUGGCGACCGCCUCCCCAUCUCAACGCAUUUGACCCUCAUGGCGGGGGCUUUUAUCACCAUCGCUCGCCGGGGGAUCCCCGACAAACCGAGGUUGGAGGCGGCAUCGCAAGCGCGGGUGGAUCGUGUCGAAGCCUCCUUCCAGGCGGUCAUCGACGACGUGGCGCGGCACGCUCGGGAGAAUUACGCGGCCAUCCAAGCGCAGCACAACCAAGACAUCUUCUUGGGUUUCCUCGUCAAAGACAUGGAAGUCGGCGCUUCGUUCUCCCUCCGCAGUCGGACGCUCUUUCGCCUCCCCCCUCCCCCCGUCCCGGGUUUCCCAAACAUCGCGGCGUAUCUCCGGUUGGGAGGACUGAUCAAUUCUGCUGUGCAAGGCAAGUCCGCCCGUUCGUCGGCCGCCGCAGCGGGUGCCGGGGGGACGGGCAGCGCAACCAAGGAGCAACGGGUGUGCUACAAGUUCCAGAACGACGGUAACUGUCGGUGGGGGAAGAAGUGCAAGUUCGCGCAUGUGGCGCCACGGAAGGCCGGCGGAAAGGGAGGAAAAAGAGGGGGCGCGGCUGGCGGCGGCGCCGAGGAUGGCGACUCGAAAGGUAGCCCCUCCACCGCCGCCGACACCAACGCCUCUGCCGCCGCCGCCCCAGCGAAGCGGGCCAAGGGGGCAACGGCCGGGACGAUGACUCGCAGCAGUGCGAAGGGCGGUGCCGGCGGCGGCGCGAAGGACGAUGCUGAAGAAUAG